AUGGAAGCCAGCUGUAUGAGCCGACCAGCAGACAGCCACAAGUACCAGCCACCACAACCAGCAACCAGCCACAAGGACCAGAACCAGCCUCCAGGACCCCCCAGACCCCAGCCCUACGCCGAGCCACCAGCCACCACCCACCAGGACCAGACCCCGGCCACACCACCAGCCACCACCCUCCAGGACCAGACCCCGGCCACACCACCAGCCACCACCCUCCAGGACCAGCCACCAGGACCAGACCUCAGCCACACCACCAGCCACCACCCACCAGGACCAGUCACCAGGACCAGACCCCAUCCACACCACCAGCCACCACCCUCCAGGACCACCCACCAGGACCAGACCCCAGCCACACCACCAGCCACCACCCUCCAGGACCAGCCACCAGGACCAGACCCCAGCCACACCACCAGCCACCACCCUCCAGGACCAGCCACCAGGACCAGACCUCAGCCACACCACCAGCCACCACCCACCAGGACCAGUCACCAGGACCAGACCCCAGCCACACCACCAGCCACCACCCUCCAGGACCACCCACCAGGACCAGACCCCGGCCACACUACCAGCCACCACCCUCCAGGACCAGCCACCAGGACCAGACCUCAGCCACACCACCAGCCACCACCCUCCAGGACCAGUCACCAGGACCAGACCUCAGCCACACCACCAGCCACCACCCUCCAGGACCACCCACCAGGACCAGACCCCGGCCACACCACUAGCCACCACCCUCCAGGACCAGCCACCAGGACCAGACCUCAGCCACACCACCAGCCACCACCCUCCAGGACCAGCCACCAGGAACAGACCUCAGCCACACCACCAGCCACCACCCUCCAGGACCAGCCACCAGGACCAGACCCCAUCCACACCACCAGCCACCAGACCCCUCUGCUCCACUACUGA